UCGUGUGUGGAGCUCAGACCACACCUUGAUGAGAUAACACGAGAGAGAGGGGGAGUGAAACAAGUGACACCAGCCAGAACUAUCUCAGAAAAAUACUAGUCUAUGAUAAUUAAUUAACUUAUAAAUAAUGAAGGAUUUUGAAAGUUACAGGAUUUGAAAAGAAAUUACGGUUAAUAUUAUCGCCCAAACUUUGAAGAAAAAACAAAAAUUAGAAAAAAUAAAUUAAAAGACUGAUUUAAUUUAUUCUUGUUGUCCCUGAAUGGUCAAGAAAAUGUGAAAUAAACUGUUUACUUUUCUUAGAGUAAACUUAAGAUGUGUUGCAGAGUGUUACACGUUAAGGACAAGAGCUUCCCACAACAUGAUCAGUCAACGUCCAGUCAAAUGUAAGACAAACUUCACCUUACAAGUACCCAACGAGAUGCCAAGACUCUAGAGAUGUUGUUUAUGAUUUUAUAAGAAAGUGAAAAUAAGCAUAAAUAACCUUAGUGAUUAUUUGUGGAAGUGACACGUAAAUAAAAAAAAAAUUGAGUGGGAAAUUAUGUUGUGUAGCAGUGGUCGAUUUAGUCAAGGAGAUGUCAACAAGUGUAGUGAUAGUGUACAGUUGAAAGAGUGAAAAAAAAUAGUGAUGUAAUAAUAUCCUGUGGAAGUGAUUAGUGACGUGAGAUAAUGAUGAGGGAAUGAACAAUGUGACCGAGGUAGAGGGAAGGUGAGGGUGAAAGUAGCGUGACCUUAGACGGUGGUGAACCUCUUAACAUGCGACCUAGGCAGUUACCCCUCCCUCUUCUCUCUCUCGUUCUCCUGUUGGGGCUCCUCCUCGAUAUCUCUACGCCCUCCCUGUCAUUUCACACUCCUGAUCUCGAGUAUGACCUAAGGACUUUGCUAUACGAGAGUCGAUACGUGCCCAGGAGGGACUUACCCGGGUACAUCUCACGGACUAAACGGCUCACACAUAAACAAAGUCAAACAGUGGGACUUAACUUUACAUGGCCAGCGAGGAAGUUAGUGGCGACACAGGGUAAAAUUUUGCUCGGUGGCCUCAUGAUGGUGCACGAACGCCAUAAUGAUAUAGUGUGUGGCCCCAUUAUGCCCCAGGGAGGUGUACAGGCGCUGGAGGCCAUGUUAUACACCUUGGAUUUCAUUAAUGACCAAGAAGACUUCAUCCCAGGUGUAAAGCUUGGGGCUCACAUUCUCGACGAUUGCGACAAGGACACCUACGGAUUGGAACAGGCUGUAGAUUUUAUAAAAG